AUGUCUCUCCACCCAAGGCAACGCCGGCCUCCGUACCCGGCAUCCCUACUCUCUGUCUCCGCGGACCAUCCCCAGACAGCCGUCAGCACCCGGAGUCUCCUACCGGCAAUCACCCACGAGGAUGCCGUCGCGUCCAUCCAGAUAAUACGCCUCGCACUGGCCGGGGACCAAUACCUUCUCAUCAGGAGCCUAGGCGUCCUCCUGACCAGCUUGGGAGACCCGAGCGGUCGCCACAGCAUCGCCGUCCGCCACUGGAGCAGGAGAGCCACGUCUGAGAUGUUGAGACGCUUCAGGGGAGAGGUCGGACGGAUCAUCCGUCGCCGCAUGCUCAUGAUACUGGGGGGGCGGACUAGGCUGGAGGACGAGAGGACCAGACGCCUUUACGAUGCCUACCGAUGGCUUCUGGAGUAA